GUUUCAUUUUCAGAUCAUUCUUGAUGGUUGUCUAUACUCUCAACUUUCACUUGAUAUCACCGCGUUCUGGAGAUUGCCAGAUGUGAUCCACGCAUAUGGCCAUGUCACGAGAUGACACCAAAAGAUACCCUUACUUGCUGGCGGCUGCGACGGUCCAGUCCAGCCCAUCGACUGGUACUUCAGGUGCAAAUCAACUGGAGGAGGAUGUAGACAUGGAUGAUGAGCGAGUGGAUGCUCACGCCCGCCCGGGUCUCGCGAGACCAACGUAUCUGGCGAUAGACACGAACAUCUUUCUGGACAAAUUACGGCUGGUGAAAGCGCUGCACACGUUUUUGAGCACGACUCUGGCGGGAUGUAUAUUGGUACCUAGCGCCGUGAUCAAUGAGUUGGAUAGUCUAUCCAAAUCAGACAUCGUAGCUGGAGUAUCGCCAGAAGGCGAUGUACACCUAUCCGACUUGGCUAGGGUUGCGACAGCUUGGUUGCUACAAGUCGCCCGAAAACCUAAAGAAGAGAGGGUGAUCAGGUGUCAAAAGUGGUCCGAACGGCUAGACACAGAGCUAAGGAAAGGAGACGACAAGAUACUCGAUUGUUGUUUGUUCUUUGCCAGAGAGGCAAAGGUCUCGCUAUGGACGAAUGAUCAGAAUCUCUCCUUACUCCACUCUUCCUGACCCGACGGAGCCGACGUCCGACCCUAUCCGACUCGUUCGCGACUUGGUGGAUCGACUCGACUCGCUUGAACAAAAUGUUUCAACUCGGAUCAACAUUGGAGAUCCAGACAUGAUGGACGAUUACAAACGACUGCUUCAAUGUAUCUCUGGAUCUCGCGAUAUUCUUCUCUUUCUCACCCCCGCCUCUGCUCGCUCAACCAGAAGGAUCCGACCUGGCGAAGUCUGCUCAGCUUUGAUUAUCCUGGCCGAUAAUCUCCAACGUCUAGUUGGUGAAGGGGAUCCAAAGGCCUUACUAGAUCUGUCCGCACUUGUUCGCACGGUAGAGAGCUAGCACUUGUAUACUAUAGCAGAAACGUCAUCAAUGCAUAAACACAACCUUCCGAAACCAAGGUCUAUAAUCAUACAAUGAGGUGCUAGCCUCUUUUCGUGUCUAUGUAUGCCUUGCUUCUCAGGCUAGGAUGCAGCUGGGACAC